UGGAUGGAUAACGUCAUUGGUGCGGCAGCCGGGCAACGUGUUGUCAAAAUAUCUGCGUUGGGACAUAUUAGGGUAUUCCAGAGGAAAAGUUCUUCAGAUCCUAACUAGGAUUGAGUAUUGCACAUAGGACAUCCUUUGGAAAUGGAAGCUGAAGAAUCGUCAUCAUUGCUGUUAAUUAAAAAGGAGGAGGAGAUUUUGGAGGAGGGUAUUACUGAAAACACAGGUGAAGGCUCUUCGUUUCCAGACCCCUUCUUAGAAGUUAAGGCAGAACCAGAAUUUUUUUACCAUAGUGAAUUUGAUGUGAACUAUUCAUCCCAAUCUAUUAAACAUGAGGACAGCUCUCCAAGCUGUGAUGAUGAAAGCGGAAAGAAGAAGCUCUGUAUUACCGAAGAAAAUAGACAUUUGGGUAGACAGGAUACAUUUUCAAAGAGAACCAACGCAACAGGGAAGCAAUUAACAGGCACUGAAUGCCAAAGGAUAUUUUCAAAGAGCAGCAGCCUGAAAUCCCACAUGAGAACUCAUACAAGAGAAAAACCUUAUAGUUGCUCUAUAUGCCAAAGAAGUUUUUCUCAAUCAAGUGAUUUAACAAGACACAAGAGAACUCAUACUGGAGAAAAACCUUAUAGUUGCUCUAUAUGCCAAAGAAGUUUUUGUCAAUCAGGUGAUUUAAAAAAACACAUGAAAACUCAUACAGGAGAAAAACCUUAUAGUUGCUCUUUAUGCCAAAGAGGUUUUUCUCAAAAAGGCCAUUUAACAAAACACAUGAAAACUCAUACAGGAGAGAAACCAUAUACUUGCUCUAAUUGUCAAAAAAGUUUUACUGAAUCAAGUAGUCUCACAAGACACAUGAAAACUCAUACAGGAGAGAAACCAUAUACUUGCUCUAAAUGUCAAAGAAGUUUUGCUGAAUCAGGUGUUUUAAAAAAACACAUGGUAACUCAUACGGGAGAGAAAAAUUUCACCUGCUCCGUAUGUCUAAGAAGUUUUUCUCAAUCACAUGAUCUCAAAAAACACAUGAGAACUCAUACAGGAGAGAAACCUUAUAAUUGCUCUGUAUGUCAAAGAAGUUUUUCUCAAUCACAGGAUCUCAAAAUACACAUGAGAACUCAUACAGGAGAGAAACCAUAUACUUGCGCUAUAUGUCAAAGAAGUUUUUAUCAGCAAAGAUAUCUAAAAACACACAUGAGAACUCAUACAGGAGAGAUAUACACUUGCUCUAUAUGUCAAAAGAGUUUUUCCCAACCAAUGUAUUUAAAAGCUCACAUGAGAACUCAUACAGAAGAGAAACCCUAUACUUGCUCUAUAUGUCCAAGUAGUUUUUCUUAUCAGUGUGUUCUCACAAGACACAUGCGAACUCAUACUGGAGAGAAACCAUAUACUUGCUCUAUAUGUCAAAAGAGUUUCUGCCAUUCAAGUACUCUCAAAUAUCACAUGAGAACUCAUACGGGAGAGAAACCAUAUUCUUGCUCUAUAUGUCCAAGUAGUUUCUCUAAAUCGUCUGGUCUCACAAGACACCUGCAAACUCAUGCAGAAGAGAAACCAUUCACUUGCUCUAUAUGUCAAAUAGGUUUUUCUCAAAAACGUAAUUUGAAAACUCACAUCAGAACUCAUACAGGAGAGAUACCAUACGUAUGAUCUAUAUGUCAAAAGUUCUAUGUUUCAGGUACUCUCACACAACACAUGUAAACUCAUACUGGAGAGAAACCUUAAACUUGCUCUAUAUGUCAAGGAAGUUUUUCUUGUCAAAGUAAUUUGAAAACUCACUUCAGAACUCAUACUGGAGAGAAACCAUAAACUUGCUCUAUAUGUCAAAGAAGUUUUACUCUAUUAACUAAUUUAAAGACACACGUGAGAACAGAUAGACGACAGAAACCAUUCACUUGCUUUGUACGUCAAAGUUUUUCUCAACCAAUUCAUCUCAAAAGACACAAAAAUUCACACUGACAGAAACUGUAUACUUGAUCUCUAAGUAGUUUUUAUUACAUGUUUUUAUUUAACUCAACUCCUGCAUCUGACUGUUCAGAAAUCCUGUAACUUGAUUGUCAACCUGCUCACUUUGUCCGAUGGACUCAAAAUUUUGCC